AUGAUGGAGACUGAAUGGAAGGCCAAGACUGGCAAAGUUUCACUCCUCGCGCGCUCUGGGGCAACUGUCAGACUUGCCUACAACAUCAGCAGAUCUGUCAAGAAGCUCGAGCACGAGCUUGCCUCACGGACAGACUUGGACAAGGAAAUUGUUGAAAGACGCUGGAAUGAAUUGCACCGGAAAAAUGCCAAGAUGGUUCAUCAACAUAUUUUGAAGUACCGCGGCUUACUCACAAAAUUUGGCCAGGCAGCAUCCACCAAAGCUGGGAGCUUGCCAGCGCCAUGGGUCGAAGAGCUUCGAGGCUUGCAGGACGAGCUCCCAAUCUCCAACUUUCAGGAUGUUGUGCGCACAAUCAAAGCUGAUUUGGGGAGACCGCUGGAGGACAUUUUCCGCGACUUUGGGCAGCGGCCAAUUGCCUCAGCAAGUGUCGGUCAGGCACACCUUGCAUGGCUGCGGAAGACUGGCCAGAAGGUUUGCGUCAAGGUGCAGCACCAUGGAGUUGGUAGCUUGAUGAAAACUGACCUUGCCACCAUUGAGUUUUGCGCAAGACAGAUGCUAAAGCGACACCCAGAUGCUCCAGAUUUUACUGAUGUUAUCCGAGAAUGGCGGCGUGCAUCACGGGAGGAGGUGGAUUUUCUACUGGAGGCUAAGAAUGCUUUGCAAGCGCUAAAUGCCUUGCGCCGUCACAACGUAGAUGUGACUUGCCCAGAGCCAAUUCAAAGUUGCUGCUCACAGCGGGUUUUAACAAUGGUCUUCAUUGAGGGAUGGAAGAUCACAGACCUUGAUCGCAUGCCAUAUGGAGCAGACCGUGAGACACUAGCACGAGAUUUGGUCCAUGCCUUUGCCUUGCUGGUGUUUCAAGAGGGCCUGAUUCAUGGAGACCCACAUCCAGGCAAUGUAUUCGUGGAGCCUGUUCCAGGCAGCUCUAAUGGAACAAAGGUUCGGCCUGUUUUGCUGGAUUGGGGAAUUGUCAAGCACAUCGAUCAAGAUGAGCGCUAUGCGACAGCCAAAUGGAUUGUCAGCACUUUGUCGCAAGAUCGUCAGCUCUACGUCUCGAGCUUGCUGGAGCUCGGCUUUGAGUUCGACGCGGAUCCUGACAUGACAGAAUUUGCGACCUUUAUUGAAGCUUCCAUGAGCCAAUGUGCCUUUAUGUUUCGAGAUUCUAUCCCAAGCAGCUCGCAGAUGAACUUCCUUCAGCAGAUGCAAGAGCACCAAGAACGUGAAGAGAAUCAAGAGACCAAAGUGGGCAAAGAGCAAAGCAGACUAGUUGGGAAGAUUCCUGGAGUUGUGUUGUUUUUUCUUCGUGGCCUUGAGAUGCUCCAGAACAUUUGUGGCAUGUUGGAGGUGACAGUGCCAUUUGCCAGUAUCAUGCUGGAGAACUGCAUGCCACUCCUGGUCAGCAGAGGCUUGUGGGACCCAGCAGCUGCACUUCCUGGACCGCCAGGACAAAGUGUUGUGGAACAGAAGGUCCGUGCCAAGCUUCAUGAAUUGGACAGCAUGGGAUUGGUGCUGGGAGCUCAGGUGGCUGCUUGGGAUCGUCGCUUGGGAUCUCGUGGUGACUUCCUUUGCAAUGUGGCCUGUGGUCGGAUUGGGCCAGCUCAGGGCAUACCAAUCUCAGACCAAACAGUGAUGCCCUUGAUGAGCCUGAGUGCUGGGCCGUUGCUGCACUGCCUUUUGCGAGCGAUCUCCCAGCCAACUGUGCAAGGCAAGCAAAUGUCACUGGAGACUUCUUUGGGGGAGAUAUGGCCCGAUUUCUUCCAGAAGGGGAAGAAUGCUUCGAUUGGUGACGUGUUGCAACACAAGGCUGGAUUGGCAAAGCCAUUCCCCAGUGAGAUGACCAUCAAGGGAUUUUGCAACGAGACGCGAUUGGAGGAACAUAUUGCAGCUUCUCCUUCAUGCCUAGAAGAAGGUCUUUGUCCUGUUUGGGGUGAACUCCUUGCAGCGCUACUGAAGCGACUGGUUGGGCGCAAGACUGCGCAGGAAGCCAUCUCUCAGAUGCUGGAGCCAGUGGCUCCAGAUGUGACCUAUCGGGCAAAUCACACCGCGCUCGCCGGGCGGCGGCCACAGGAACGCGUAACAAUGCAAAGCAUCUAUGAAUGGUUGGAAGAGAAAGUUGAAAGUCUUGAUUCGAUGACACAAAGCAGCAACGCGAAUCGGCGUCGGUGGCUCUCAGAAACUGAGCUCGCAGUUGAAAAGCCUUGGAUUGCUGAUCCAUUGAUUGUAAAUCGACAAGCGCUCAUGGUUGGUCAUGGCUGCCUUGCUGGUCGUGGGUUGCGAGCUUCUGCCAAAACCCUAUGCCGGGUGUUCACUUCAGGACUUGUGCCCGCAGAAAUGCUUGAAAAAAGCUUGGAGCUUGGCAAAGAGCUCAAGUUCCAAACCCUGCAGCAGUGGUGGGAUUCUUUGGGAGCUCGACAGCGUGCGGUGGGUGGCUGGCAGCUCUUUCCCUUCAAGACCAAGACAUCGGAGGUGCAAGGUUAUGGCUUUGCCGACGGCGUCACAGGCUCCAUAGUUCUGCGGCUCCCCGAAGUCACGAUGGCCAUCCUCCUUUCGUCAUGCUCGCCGGAGACGCGGCACGUCGGUCGGAGCCUGUUGGAUGCCAUUUGCACAGAGCUGGGCUACGAGGCGGCAUGGCCAUCUGAACCUCCUCCACUACCGAAACGCGCGGGCGGCGCGGCACCGAGUGCCACACCGGUGCGGGAGCCGAUGCUUCGAGCUGAAGGUGGCAGGCGAGCUGAUGACUUGCAGCAGGAGCUCACUAAGGUUGAGGCCAAAGUGACCAAGCUGUCAGAAGUUCUAGACAUGCUUCUCCCGGGUGCGAGUGCUGCGAUUUGUGGAGCACCCAACAUUCCAAGCAUGGCCGGCUUUUGGCUGAGCGAUGAAACGGAGGGCUUGGAGUCCUUGUUGGAAGCUUUGCAGGUUCCUGCUAUGAUGCGAUCGAUGGCCUCCGCAGCGCGCCGAACGCUGCAAAUCGACAUUGAUGGAAACGAGGUGCAAAUCUGCUCUACGACAUCUAUGCUCAGCCGCCAACUGGAGGAGACGACGACCAGAUUUCAAGUUGGCCAUUCCUUCAGCGGAGAGCAGGCACUAGGCGGCUCGUUCACCGCGACAGCAUCUUGGAUAGAGGACAAAGAGCCUCAGCGGCCUGCCAGCCUUCAUUUGGUGAAGAUAUUUACUACGGAAGGCUUCCAGUUGGAUGAGCUGUUUGAGCUUCUGCCGACUGGCCGCCUGGCAUUGACCACAACGCUGAGCAGCCGUGAGCAUCAGUUUGGAGAUCGCCGGAUCGAAGUUCAUCAGCCGUUUGAGCUGGAGGCUUUUUGUGAUGAAGUGGAUCAGGACCUGAUUUUGAAGCGGCAAGUCGGCAUGCCACUCACCAUUAAGCCUUUGCCUGCCGGCAGCCGCAUCACUGGGCUAGGGCCUGUGGGGCAGGAUCAGCCAGACCAGGCUGCUCCAAGCUUGACAGAGCUCCGAAAGAUUCAGUUGCCUGUGUCGAUAUUCUUCACAGUGGAAUCAAUCAGGAGCACUACAUUCUUUUGCCAAGAAGGUGGUUCAGAGGGCCUAAAAACUGUGCCUUCAGAACUGCUGGAAUCCCUUCCGCCAGAAAUUCGGACAGCAUUGGCAGAGCGGCAGGCAAACCAGAGUCCUUCACCAUCAUCUGCAGCAUCACCCCGCCCGCAAGUACAACGAGUACAAGCAGUACAAGGAGCACCAGGUUCAGGAUCGAAGGAAGCUUCAACGGGUCGAAGUGUUCGCUCCUUUUGCUGGUCCGCCUGUGCUACUAUUUCAUGGGCUUCAUGUAGGUGCUUGGGCCAGGGGCUCCGAUGUAGUGGUCGUGCUGCUUUGCAUUUGUGUGGCAAUCCAUGCAGGGACUGCAAGGCUCCGAACCUGCGUGCCUUGAUGCCAUCCCGUGCUUCGCAAGUUGACCUUGCUACCUCCAGAACCGAGGAGUACAUGGUCCUAGUGGACCGGUCCUUUGGCGACCGUUUAGGCCUGCGUGUCGACAAGGAGGAUGGCGAGCUGAUUGUCAUCGAAGUCCAGCCGGGCUUGGUGCAAGAAUGGAACUCUGCAAACCAUGGUAAUCCCAAUGCGCAGGUCAGAGAGGGAGAUGUUCUUCUUGAAGUCAAUGGUCAAACUGGAGAUGCACGCACCUUGAUGGAUCUGUGCAAAGGAUGCCAGCCCUUGCAAAUCAAGCUCCAGCGAACAGUGGAGCCACAAGAAAUGUCAGCAGAUAAGGACGCGAAGGCCAAAGAAGCGAUUGUUGAGACUGAAGCUGAGGAGGCUGAGGUGGAAGCUCCGAAGGAAGAGGAGCACAAGAAUGCUAGCUUAGAUGGAGAAAGUGCUCAAGGUUCUGUUGCUGAAGGGCCAGCUGCAGCAAAGCAAUCACAACGGCCAGCAGAGCAUGAGAAGCUCCAACCUUCAGCUUCAAGUUCUCAGGCGGCGGCGGUCUCCAAACCAACGCUGCCGAAGAUCACCGACACCUCGCGCACUGGUCCACAGGGCCCCAAGGGGAGUGCGGCAGGACCUCGCCACCGAGAGCGACGACGAGACCAUGCAGGCCAAAGCAGCUCAUCACGCGACCGGCGUGGCCCGCAGGCGACCCUUGAGGAACCAGUGCCUGGUGCCACCUUUAGAGACCCUCGGAGCAGGCACAAUGCCUUGGGCAUAGUCGCUUUCUCCAGAUUGGAUGCCACCAGCGCUUUAUGCCGAUUAUGUCGAGCACAAGUCCUCUCAAAUGGCUUUGACUUGGGCGGUGCUGGAAUGGCAAUUGCAGCACCAUGCAGUAGAGCUCCAUGCAGAUUUCGCAAUGCCGAGGCUGCCUACCAGGCUACAUCAAAUUGGCCACUAUCCGGCAUGUUUCAGGAGCUAAGCGCCACAGCAGCCCUUCGCAAAGUGCAGCGUUUUGGCCAUCACCGAGACAAAAAACGUGCUGGCUUUGGCAGCAGCUGGUGUGCAAUGCAAGCUGUCCUGACAGCCAAAUUCGAACCGGGCACACCGUACGCUGCAGCUUUGGUGAAGACUGAGGAAGCCUUUCUGUUGGAAGCAGGCGACGAACUUGAGUCUGACGCAGACGCAGAGGAUGUUUGUGAGAAUUGGUUGGGCGCGCUGCUCAUGAUUCUCAGAGACAAGCUCUCCAGCAGCACAUGCUGGAGCUCGUAUUUGCAAACCUUCUUUGAUGUGGAGACAGGCAGGCUUCGGGACAGCGCGAGGCAAGCGGAGUGGCAGAAAGUCCUUCACGCUGCGCAAUCUGCAGUCCAGAGCCAAUCUUCAGCACAGCUGGCGGAAAUGGACCCAGGCAUCCUGGGUUAUUUGGGUUACGAGAUGAGCCCAGAGGUCGUGACCAACUUGGUGCGCACUGUUGACGUUGAUGGCAGUGGCACUUUGAGUUUUCCGGAAUUCAUUUUCUUCAUGAGGAAGGUUCGCGAACAAGAAGUAAAGCGUUUGGAGGAUGAACUUGGCCGGCUCGAGCUGAUUUCAAGAUCAGACAAAGAGGAAUUGUUGACAAGUCUUUUGCGGGUGCUUGGUUAUGUGCCUGACCAAGAGGCCAUUAGGGAUGCAGCCUGCGAUAGCAACAUCAACCUAGGCAAAGGUCAAACGAUUGGGGGCCGUCGCAAUAGUGCCCAGACGAUCAGUUUAAGCCUGGUGAAUGUGGAUGCUCCAACAAAGAGCCAGAAGCAGCUGAGCCUCUCUGAAGCCUACCGCUUUCUGGAGGUUUAUCGACUGCGUGAAGGCUUUACGCGAGCUGAAGCUGAUGAAUUGAAGGUUUUCUUUGAGAAGUUUGGCCAUGAGAGUGACAAUAUGUCGCGUAUCAGCAGCUGUGACGCUGGGCGAGCGUUGAGCUGGCUUGGCUACAAAACGAGCUACGAGGAGCAUGAACUGCUCUUUGCUGAGGUUGACAUUGCUGGAACCGGUGACAUUAGCUUGCCAGAAUUUCUGAAGCUAGUCCGCAAGUACCGCCAAAAGGAACUUGAGCAAAUUCGGGCCUCAUACCUCAAGAUGGGAAUGGUUGGAAAGGAUACAUCUGCAGAUGGUCAACAUGUGAUGAAGCAAAGCAUGACUUUCCUCGGCCUGCAUGCACCAACAUCAUCAAUGACUAUGACAGUGUCGCGAUCGAGGACGGACUUUAAGUCACUUGCACAGAAGAUGAAAGAUGCAGAAGAUGCGCGGUAUGGCAUUUUGCGCACUGCUGUGACCAAGCGCAACCAGAUGCGGGUUCUGGCACAACAACACUUUGGCUUCUCAGUGGAAGAAGUUGAGGUCUUGCGACGCAGGUUCCAAGAGUACGAUUCGGAUGGAAGUGGAACGGUGCAUUCAUCAGAGCUGCGGACACUCUGUCAGGAACUGGUGCCCGAACUCUCCCUGGAUCCCAAAUGUCGACCUGAGAUACUCAAGCUGCUGAGAGAGGCGAACGCGGGUGACGGUAGAAUGUCCUUAAAUGAGUUCUUGGGAAUGGCCCGCCAACUUGAAGACUCCAGCAGGAGAGCAAAGGCUCGCAAGGAGCAAGUUGCUUUGGAUCACUUGAGCUUCACGCAUGCUCAAGUACGCGACUUCCGGGAGAUCUUCGUUGAACAUGAUGAUGAGCACAGGGACCACCUCAGCUUUCAAUCGGUGGUAUCUCUAUUGGGUAGUUUGGUACCUUUGGGCGACCGCAGAGUACAACAGCUGGCACAGCUUUGGCAGAAGAAUGUGGAGAAGGCACCAACCACCUCAGAUACAGAGGAGUGGGCCAUCGACUUUCCGGACUUCAUGCGGCUGAUGCAUGCUGUGUUGGAGAUCGACUUUUGUGGCAUCAAGGUGAAGAGCACACAGAUUGCUCCAAGCCCAGCGAAGGCAAACGGCAACCACCAAAUCCACAAGAACGACAUAGCUGCAUUUAGCAUCGUCUAG